AUGUCGCUAGUGGGCUAUGAUUAUAGUGAUAGUGAAGAAGACGAUCAGGAGGUGGCUAAUCAACAAGAAGAGCCCAUAAAAAAUGUUUCAGAAAAACUGGCUGGAACAACCACUGAACUGGGAAAUUCAUCAACUUCAUCAACCAGCAACAGCGAGUCAACAAAUGCACCAACAAAACCUUCACAACUUCCACCUGCUCAACCAGUGAUUUCAACUUUAAAGAAAGAUCUUGUAAAACGAUCUGCUAAUGGUCGCAUUCAGAUCACCGCUGAUUUAUCGCUGUUGAAUGCUCAGCACAGUGAUGAUUCAGACGAUGAAGAAGAGCGAGAAAGAAAAAGAUUGAAAAGGUCUAUGCAAGGAUCGAGGUUAAUUACGAUGUUACCGAAACCUAAAAAUCCUACAAAGCCAACUGUACAACCAAAGUCGUCACUUACAUCACUCGUUCCUAAUUCUGUCGCAAACCGUUCAAAAGCACAAAACCCUGUUUCAACAACGGCAACGGAGACUGUUGAAAAGAAACCAGAAAAGCCAACCUCUUCAACGUCUAGUUUCUUUUUCACAAAUAGCGAUGAUGAUGAUGAGGAUGACGAUAAUCCGCUGCCGACAACUGCAAAAGAAAUAUACCCGACUGCUUUUCCUACUUCUGCCAUUGCGCCUGACCUUGAUGCACGUCCUGUGUAUGGUCCUUCUAAGCCUGAAAUUAUACCCGAAGCUAUCCUCGCUGAUAGCCUUUACAGUCCAAUCGACCAGUCAGUGCCCAAACUGGAUCCUAACAAUGAUAUUACAUAUAAGAAGUACAUUGCUUCUAAAUUCGGCGAGGAAGCUUCGGCUGGAGGCAUCAAAUUUGUUGACUUUGACAUGUCUAAACAUCUUUCGCAGAACACUGACUGGAUAAAGAACAUUACCAUUGAAAAAGAGGAUCGCGAUGAAGAGGAAGAUGAGAAGAGCGCUCCAAAUUCUACUGCUCGCAGGAAGAACCAAAUUACUUUCCUUGCGUACCAGGCAAAGAAGCGCGAAACCGAGUUAAAGAACCAGUGGGCUGCAAACCGUUUGUCAAAAAAUCAGACUCGAGCUAAAUAUGGCUUCUAG